AUGUCAUCACUGCUGCCCCAUCUCAACGUGCGCCGCAGAGCGGUAAGGCCUGAUGGUGCUAUACUUGCCAAAAACUACUUUGCCGUCCAAUCGGCCCUGAUUCGCGGUGACAGAGAUGUGACACUUGACAAUACGAGCAGAAUCCUGUCACACGAAUGCGACGCACUUGCGCUUCCUUAUGAACAUCUAGAUAUGCCACAAGACCAGGAAUUCGAAUACCCCUUUGCUGAUGACUAUUCCGAGUCUCGUAGCAAUAAUACUGAUCAGCCAAGCGUCGUUGGAGACUAUAUCGAACUCUUCGAUUGGGAUGGCUUCAGGCUCGAAUGGGUUAAAGUCCUCGGCCAGGGUGGUUUUGGCAUGGCCACGCUCUGGAACGUCAUAUUUGAUGAUGAAAGCAGCAUGAAAGCUGUCAUCAAGAUACCUAUCCAUAUGAACGGCACAUUUAGGGAUGAGCUAGAGUGGCAUCUUAGAUAUAGAGGCGCUUCCCAUGUCACCCAGAGCCUGGAUCUGCAAGAGAUUGCUGACAAUGUUAGACGCAGAAUGAACAGAGAACACAUGAUCAACCAAGGAAUCAGGUUCGAUCAGAAGCGGCUGGAUAUUCUCGUCCUGGAGUACGCAGAGCACGGGUGUCUUUUUGACAUAAUGUCCAAGGCCUCAUAUUUUGAUGUUCAUUUUUCGAAUAAGGUGCUAUGGGAGAUUUGGGAGUGCUUGGUCAAGGGUGUUGUAUCAGUAGCUCUUCAGCCAGAUUCAAUCCAACAAUGGAGCCCCGAUAGACUUGAUACGAUAUUGAACUCGCUGGAUGAUCCACAAAAUGCUGGUGAAUUGCUAAAACUCAGCACAUUGAUUGAUAGUCACGAUGUGCAUUUUGACUUGGAAGAGCAGAAUAUUCUCGUUGCUGAAGAUGACCACCACUCGCAUCAUCCCAUCUUGAAGUUUCAUGAUUUUGGAGCUUAUAGCCAUAAGAUGAACCAGUGCUGGGAUUACUGGGAGCAUCCGAACUAUUGGAGAGCGAGAAGGUGCCCCAAAAAUAAUAGGACUCCUCCGGAAACCAUUACCAAAGAUUGGGACAAGGUCGAUCUAAGUCGCCCGGGUUCAGUAUUACAAUACACGGGUGACACCUUUGGGCCAGGCAAGAACGAGGUUGCAGGGCGAUAUGGCACAUGGACGAAUAUCUUCACCAUUGGCAAAAUUAUGGAGUCCGUCAUAACAAAAAGCUGGUGUUCACACCCUAUGACGACAAUGAAAUAUGAAGCUGGGGACAAAAGAUGCUUCGGCGACUCCUAUGCCUGGCGUCUGUGUCAGCCAGGAUAUGAUUAUAUCGAGCCAGAGCUUCUCGAUCAGAUUGCGCAAUGCCAGUUUGAGAGACCACAGGACCGUCCUUCGCUUAGCUAUCUCUUGAGGCAUGCAUGUAGGCGUAAGCACCUCGGCUUUGAAGAGAGCGAUGAUGAGACACGCUCCUUUUGGGAUGCCUUUUGGGCACGUACGAGGAGUAAUGCAGGCGGCCAGCCUCCGUCCAACCCUUUCUCAGACUCAAAGGCUUCGACACUUGUGGGCCGAGAUUCAGGAAGCCGGAGAGAUUAUCCCAUUGAUUAUCCCACUGAUCGCGGUCAGCGUGAGUAUCGGUCAGAUCCUUUUGCACGACCUUCUUUUCCACUUCCUCCAGCACCAUCUCCUCCGUCACGAUAUGAUGAAAUCGGGAACCCGCUCAUUACACAUGUUGCUGCUCUUCGACGCAAAAGUCGACGAUCACUGCUUAGUGUUUCGUCAGAAGGGUCGUUUCCAGGCCCGUCUCGCAGGCCGGUCUUUUCUACAAACUUGGAAGCAACGGCAUUAAAUCCACUAGCAAGCUCGCCAGCGGAUAACUCAGCUCCUUUUGGCGGACUUCAGAAGAAGCGGCCGUCUUCUGGGUCUUCUAGUGACGACUCAGACGGUGGUGUGCUUCUAUAUGAAACGAAAAGAGCUGAAGACGAUUUCGCUCCUGCUUCCUCAGCAUCUUCACCGGGUGAAAGUAUUCUUCGACAAGGGACAAAGAGAAGUUCUAAGGCAUCAGCAUCGCCAUCAGGUAGUGGGAUGCCUUUACGAAUAACAGAGGGAACUAAGCACAAUUCAAAAACUUUUUUGUUCUCAUCAUCAGGAAGCACACAUGCGGCUUGGCGGGUAUCGAAGAGAGUGAAGAAGCAGCCAGUCAAAUCGGUCAGAUUUGCAAACGCAGCUGCACUCGACGACAUCAUAUCCACCUCUAUAAGCGAUGACCCUACGCGCCUAAACUAUGCUUGGCCCAUCAUGACCAUGGCACCAAGACGCAUACCAAAUGUUCUGGAGAUGGAUGUACGCGAUGGCAAACGCCUUGCCAAGUAUGCUGCGAUAUCACCAGAGAGAUUAGACUUGCCGCAGAGCAAUGGCAGCUUCUCUUUUACGAAAAAGUCCGAUCCGUCGUAUUACGAGGGUGUGGAUGAGGGCGCUUCACGGUUGCAGUUUGAUACUACUAUGAUGCAGGCUAAUAGUACAGCUUUUACUCCGAUGGAGAUUAUUCCUGAAGAAAUAGACAGUCGAAUGGAUUUGGAUUGA